AUGGCAAGAUCAGGUCAUUCCACUCAGUUGACUUUCACUUCUGGAAGACAUAGGGCGUGUCAACCGCAGACACAGAAGCUCAUGGAUAAUGAAAUUUCGGAGUUGAAGAACUACCUUCCUGAGUGGACUUUGGCGAAAAGGAAUGAGAAAAGGGCAGUUUUCACUGCCAUAGCUAGGGCUGCCAGGCUAUUUGCUCCCAAGGUCGACCAAGCACAAUGGAAGAAGAGGAAGCAGAUGUACAAGACAUGGUUGUUCAACAACCAGAAAAAGAAGGAGAGGAAGGACAUGAUAAAGUAUGGGAGUAAAUGGACUCCUAGGCAGGUGAUCUACCAGCAGAAAUGGGAGGAGGUGCUGAAGAGGAUUGAGGACGAGUCCGGGGCAAAGCCAGGAGGUCCCAGCAGCUGUAAAAGAGUCAUGGCUGAAUUGUCUGACGACGAGUUGGAGAAGGCAAAAGACACGGCUGAAGAAUGGUCCAACAACUUUCCUCCUCCCGAGAUACAAGCACAAGUGGCUCGUAAGAAGGGAUGGGCGUAUAUGGAGCACUUUUCGAAGGAGAUGUGGAGGCAAUGUGGGAUGAGAGUGUUUGUGAUGUCGGCGUGGAAGAAUGAACAGGGAGAGGUGCUGUUCGGGAUGCACGAUGAUAACGAGGCAUUAGGAGAUGGGGAAAGUGCCGGGGCACAAGAUGUGCUUCCCGACAUCACCGAAACGAAACUCGAGGAGAAGAAAGCCAUUGUCAGAGCAUUUCUCACAUCUCACUAUUAUGAGUCCAUCAUCGCAACACCCCGAACAUUUGUUGAAUGCAUUUAUACAGGUAUCUGUUCCGGGAUUGACAAGGCAGUUGUGCCAUGGAGUGCCAUCAUACAAAGUCAGGAUGACUUUGUGGCAAGAAAGUAUGUUCUGGUGGAUGUGGACUUGAAGGAACCUUCGAAGUUGCAACAUUGGGACACGACCGCCUUACUGAAUUUCUGGUAUGCUCGGCAGGAGAAAGGGGAAGGUCCAACAUUCCUGUUCAAAGCAUGGAAGAACAGAGAUGGGGACAUGGUAGCCUCGGUUGUAUCUAGGGAUUCGCCUUCUCAUCGGACUCGUAAAGUCAGACAAGUUAUGAUCCGAAGGCCUCAGAAUUCGGCAACCGAAACUGACAGUGAUCCCGAGACCGAUCACGAGAGUGAUCCAGAGAGCAAUCCCGAGGGCAACACUCAUCAGAUGGAGGAUGAUGCUGAUGAUGACGCAUUAGAAGCACAUGAAGGGACAGCGGGUCCCACAUGCAAUUCCAAAGCCUCGCCUGGUCAAUGCAGGGAAGACUGGUGCACUGCUGACAUCACGAAUGGGCGACCUCCUGACUGGACUGACUGA